AUGACCACAAACUCUCUUCUGCACGGGAUAGUGCAGGCAGUAAAGCCAGCAGCACUUGUUAUCACAGGAAAGAAAAACGAGCUGAGAGUAUUUGGAACAAGCACAGUGGACAUGUAUCUGUCCGUGAACAGAUCGGGCAUAUCAAGCACGCUGGACACAACGGUAGAAGUCCGAACAAACGAGUUCACAAGAAUUCUCAAGGAGUGCAGGCUGUUUUCUGACAUAGAGUUCAAUAGGAAUGAAUCAGUUGCAAGAACAUUCAUAGAGCAGGAGGGGUGCAGGCUGCAGCUAGAAUGCGCCACCAGAGAAGUAGAAGAAAUCGUGCCGCCUGCAGUGACAGCAGAGAUCAUAGUGGAUCUGGACACAAAGUUAAUGAAAGAAAUUACAACAAAAGACUCGCACUCGGCUGAAGUGCUGCUGAACGGAAAAACGGUGGAAAUAAAGGUAAAUGGGCCAAUAAAGGCGGAGGCCACACAGAAGACAGCAAACUACAUAAAGAAAAAAGACAAGAAGCAUGCGUUUAUUAUCCCAGCAGAAGGAUUUACAGUUGUAUCAAGGGUGUGCAAGCUAGAGCCAACACGCAUCCUUAUGGGAGUUGUAAAGAGUGUUUCCAUCUUCUACAUAUACUUUAAAGACAUAACCGUUAUUUGCUACGUAGCAGGCACUCUGCUGCAGAUAAACGACUAA